AUGCGUCUAAAAACGACGAGACAUGCCCUUCCUUCCUCUGUAUCACCAUGGCAACGCAGCUAUAGCAAAUCGUCAAUGAUGUGGACGGGCAAACACAAUCAGAACGCAGACAAUCUUCUAGAUCGCAGCGCACUCAACCCAAACAGAGGUGAAAAUUCGCAAAGCGGCACGGAUAACGAGGUGGCUAGCCACGAUGCGCCAUUUGACCCUUCCAACACCUCACCAGAGUCUGAGAUGGAAGCAACCGCCAAUGAGUCAAGGCAACGGAAUAAAACCAACAAUCCCCUCGACAUUAGCCCGGCUAAUAAAGAUAUUAAUCAGACUGGCGAUUCUUCCAAAGAACCGGCAGACCGUGGUGCGGACAGGCUCCCAAGUGCGCGAGGAUGGACUCGCAAGAACAAACCGGUGAAUGAAGAGAAGCAUUAG